AUGGUGUACCAGUAUCACGGGUCUCGUCUGACGGUAAUCUGGUACCGGUUUAAACACGGGUCUCGUCUGACGGUAAUCUGGUACCGGUAUAAACACGGGUCUCGUCUGAAGGUAAUCUGGUACCGGUUUAAACACGGGUCUCGUCUGAAGGUAAUCUGGUACCGGUUUAAACACGGGUCUCGUCUGAAGGUAAUCUGGUACCGGUUUAAACACGGGUCUCGUCUGAAGGUAAUCUGGUACCGGUUUAAACACGGGUCUCGUCUGAAGGUAAUCUGGUACCGGUUUAAACACGGGUCUCGUCUGAAGGUAAUCUGGUACCGGUUUAAACACGGGUCUCGUCUGAAGGUAAUCUGGUACCGUUUUAAACACGGGUCUCGUCUGAAGGUAAUCUGGUACCGGUUUAAACACGGGUCUCGUCUGAAGGUAAUCUGGUACCGGUUUAAACACGGGUCUCUACUGAAGGUAAUCUGGUACCGGUAUAAACACGGGUCUCAGCUGAAGGUAAUCUGGUACCGGUUUAAACACGGGUCUCAGCUGAAGGUAAUCUGGUACCGGUUUAAACACGGGUCUCAGCUGAAGGUAAUCUGGUACCGGUUUAAACACGGGUCUCGUCUGAAGGUAAUCUGGUACCGGUUUAAACACGGGUCUCGUCUGAAGGUAAUCUGGUACCGGUUUAAACACGGGUCUCGUCUGAAGGUAAUCUGGUACCGGUUUAAACACGGGUCUCAUCUGAAGGUAAUCUGGUACCGGUUUAAACACGGGUCUCUACUGAAGGUAAUCUGGUACCGGUAUAAACACGGGUCUCAGCUGAAGGUAAUCUGGUACCGGUUUAAACACGGGUCUCAGCUGAAGGUAAUCUGGUACCGGUUUAAACACGGGUCUCGUCUGAAGGUAAUCUGGUACCGGUUUAAACACGGGUCUCGUCUGAAGGUAAUCUGGUACCGGUUUAAACACGGGUCUCAUCUGAAGGUAAUCUGGUACCGGGUUAAACACGGGUCUCGUCUGACGGUAAUCUGGUACCGGUUUAAACACGGGUCUCAUCUGAAGGUAAUCUGGUACCGGUUUAAACACGGGUCUCAUCUGAAGGUAAUCUGGUACCGGUUUAAACACGGGUCUCAGCUGAAGGUAAUCUGGUACCGGUUUAAACACGGGUCUCAGCUGAAGGUAAUCUGGUACCGGUUUAAACACGGGUCUCAGCUGAAGGUAAUCUGGUACCGGUUUAAACACGGGUCUCAUCUGAAGGUAAUCUGGUACCGGUUUAAACACGGGCCUCGUCUGACGGUAAUCUGGUACCGGGUUAAACACGGGUCUCGUCUGAAGGUAAUCUGGUACCGGUUUAAACACGGGUCUCAUCUGAAGGUAAUCUGGUACCGGUUUAAACACGGGUCUUGUCUGAAGGUAAUCUGGUACCGGUAUAAACACGGGUCUCGUCUGAAGGUAAUCUGGUACCGGUUUAAACACGGGCCUCGUCUGAAGGUAAUCUGGUACCGGUUUAAACACGGGUCUCAGCUGAAGGUAAUCUGGUACCGGUUUAAACACGGGUCUCGUCUGAAGGUAAUCUGGUACCGGUUUAAACACGGGUCUCAGCUGAAGGUAAUCUGGUACCGGUUUAAACACGGGUCUCAUCUGAAGGUAAUCUGGUACCGGGUUAAACACGGGUCUCGUCUGAAGGUAAUCUGGUACCGGUUUAAACACGGGUCUCGUCUGAAGGUAAUCUGGUACUGGUUUAAACACGGGUCUCAGUUGAAGGUAAUCUGGUACCGGUUUAAACACGGGUCUCGUCUGACGGUAAUCUGGUACCGGUAUAAACACGGGUCUCGUCUGAAGGUAAUCUGGUACCGGUUUAAACACGGGUCUCGUCUGAAGGUAAUCUGGUACCGGUUUAAACACGGGUCUCGUCUGAAGGUAAUCUGGUACCGGUUUAAACACGGGUCUCGUCUGAAGGUAAUCUGGUACCGGUUUAAACACGGGUCUCGUCUGGAGGUAAUCCACCGGUUUAAACACGGGUCUCAUCUGAAGGUAAUCUGGUACCGGUAUAAACACGGGUCUCGUCUGGAGGUAAUCUGGUACCGGUUUAAACACGGGUCUCAGCUGAAGGUAAUCUGGUACCGGGUUAAACAUGGGUCUCGUCUGAAGGUAAUCUGGUACCGGUUUAAACACGGGUCUCGUCUGACGGUAAUCUGGUACCGGGUUAAACACGGGCCUCUGAGGAGCUCCAAUAUGGCCGACAGUACUCAACCCAGCAUUAACACUGUGGGGCUCAGAACCAGGUGGCUUCCUGACCAGGCUCCUUCCCCCGGUACUCAACACCAGGUCUCAGGCAAGGAAAGCUCAGUCCCAAGGGAGAGGGACAACAGGUCUUUAGGUUGGCAGGAUCCGAGGAGAAGUUGGGCUAGCAGGACAACAUCCCACCUCAGUGGUAGUGGGACUCCUACCCAGUCUAACAACUCCCUCCCCGGGGCUAACACUAACUCAGAGCCUGCCAGGAAGAGCCCUCUACACAGGACAACCAGCAACAACCAACAGCCUUCACACACUGAGGUUCCACCCUAUGGGACCAGCUCACAGUCUCCUGGAAUCCAAUCUGGGGAUGACUCAGACUCAGAACCCUGUUGGAGAUCUUCUCUACACAGGACCAACAGCUUCCAAACGUCUUCUCCCUGGACGAUCAGGCCAACAGUCCAAAAUAAUCCUUCACACACUGAGAUAACCCUCUCUGCAACCAAAUCUGCACCGUACAGGAGCAACAACCCUCUAUGUAGGACAAACAGCGUCCAACAGAAACCCUCACACGCUGAGUUAACUCCUUAUAGAACCAGCUCAGAGCCUUACAGAGCAACCUCUCUACAAAAACGAACAAGUUGUCUUCCACAAACUUCUCCUGCUGGGGUAGUAUUACCCCCGGCCCCUGGGACCACUACAGGUGCUACCAUCGUCCUGAAGACAACUACACCAGCCUUCUCCUCCAUUACCAUUGCCACCAAGAAGAUCUCCAGGACGGCAAGCCUCCCUGGGUCUAGGAGCUACCACUCUGACGAGACCAAGGUCCCAGGAUAUAAAGCCCCUAGGCCCCAGAGCUACCACUGCAACGAGGCCAGAGCCCAAGGCUAUAAAACCCCCAGGCCCCAGAGCUACCACUGCGACGAGGCCAGGGUCCCAGGCUAUAAAACCCCUAGGCCCCAGAGCUACCACUGCGACGAGGCCAGGGUCCCAGGCUAUAAAACCCCUAGGCCCCAGAGCUACCACUGCGACGAGGCCAGGGUCCCAGGCUAUAAAACCCCCAGGCCCCAGAGCUACCACUGCGACGAGGCUAGGGUCCCAGGCUAUAAAACCCCUAGGCCCCAGAGCUACCACUGCGACGAGGCCAGGGUCCCAGGCUAUAAAACCCCCAGGCCCCAGAGCUACCACACAAACCAGGCCAGACUCUCCACCACCUGCACCUCUGUCACCCAGCAGGACCAGGUCCAUCACCACGACCCCACCGGCAACGACCCCAGCUCCACCCCUGUCACCCUCAGGAGAAAGUCCACCGCCACCAUAGUCAAAGUGACCGAGCACAGAAGGAUGACCUCUGAACCUGUCAACCGACUGAACGGAAGGCAGAGCCCUGUUUCAUCUGUGUCAGGUGACCAACCAAAUGAUCAGGGCACGGCGGUUCACAGGAGAAAAGCCACCGUCAUAAAAGUGACCGAGCACAGAGAGAGCUACAGCCCAGGUCAGGAUGCCAGAGGUGUGAUCAGAAGCAGCAGUAGGCCGUCAGAGUACAGACACAGUUACACAGAGGGAGUGUACAGACACACAUCCCCGUGGCAACAAUCCCCGUGGCAACAAGGAGCCAUGAAUUCAAACAAGAACUCUGUGGAAUCACUCCAUAGUACCCCUCCCUCCCAGUACCUUCUAGAAUCAUCUAUGGACAGGAUAGACAGGCCCAACUCUGCUCUGUUCUUGACUCCAAACAAGUCCACCUCAAGCACUACAGUUGCCCUUAGGGACCCAGAGGGAAGCAGAGGUGGAGGGAAGCCAAUACAGAAGUCUACCCUGAUGCUGUUCAUCAACCCCCCUUCUCCCUCUUCCAGAGAGACGUCCAUAGAGAAGGUUGGUGUAGAGAGAGGAGGCGAAGAGAGACGGGCUCGGGACAGAGCCAGGAGACCAGCGAGCUGCUAUGCUAAUGUCUUUGGCCACACUCACCCGACAGAGCCAUGCCCGGUCUCAGAGACUUUUACUGUUAAACAAGAUGGACCCGGGAACUGGAGCCCAGAGACUGUUACUGUUAAACAAGCUGGACCUGGGAACUGGAGCCCAGAGACUGUUACUGUUAAACUAGCUGGACCUGGGAACUGGAGCCCAGAGACUGUUACUGUUAAACAAGCUGGACCCGGGAACUGGAGCCCAGAGACUGUUACACAAGCUGGACCUGGGAACUGGAGCCCAGAGACUGUUACUGUUAAACAAGCUGGACCCGGGAACUGGAGCAUGGGACUUCCUAACCAGACCCAGAAUUCUAAUAUUGACCCAGUGAGGGACUGGGUCAAGGACACUGCUACCAGCAACAGUAGAUUAAACACUGGAGAUUCUAGCUCUUCCAUCACCGCUAGGGACAGGGAGAUGUGUCCCCCAGAGACAGAGUCCUCCAGACCAGAGGGAAGAGGGACUGAGAGAGGGAUGUGUCCCCCAGAGACAGAGUCCUCCAGACCAGAGGGAAGAGGGACUGAGAGAGGGAUGUGUCCCCCAGAUACAGAGUCCUCCAGACCAGAGGGAAGAGGGACUGAGAGAGAGAUGUGUCCCCCAGAGACAGAGUCCUCCAGACCAGAGGGAAGAGGGACUGAGAGAGGGAUGUGUCCCCCAGAGACAGAGUCCUCCAGACCAGAGGGAAGAGGGACUGAGAGAGGGAUGUGUCCCCCAGAGACAGAGUCCUCCAGCCCAGAGGGAAGAGGGACUGAGAGAGCAGGAGAUCUAACACAACAUCCACACCAGGCAGAUGCCAGGAGCAGCCAACCACAACCUCCAGCUAUCACUCUCAUCAAGCACCAAGAGCCCCAGUCACAUCAGCGGUCUCCCGAGGCUGUCCUCGCCCUCAACGCUGCCUCCGUCAUAGCUCAUAUCAAACUCCAGAGACAACUGAGCCUGAGGAAGACAACACCACGUGACCUUUCUACACAGGCCUCAAGGUCGCCCACAACACCGGAGGGGGGAAAAGCACUGGUGAAGGAUGCUGGUGGUUGUGUGCGACCCAGGACUGAUGACAACAGACUAGACCCUGGUGAGACCACCAGAACCACACAUCACACAACCCAGAUUGAUGUUGGGUUUAUUCCCCUGAAUUCUGACUCUGACCCGGAAACAAGCAAAGCCAACAUUCCAUCACCCAGGGAGGCUCUGGAGCGAUCCAGAGCCACACUUCAUCAGUCAGCUCUCAGGGCAGACUGA